UUCACCGCGGGAUGUAAAACGAGUAGUCUUACUUGCACUUCCUUUUCCGGUUAGCGUCCAUUCAUAACGCAACCAUGGGCAAGUUUAUGAAAUCUGGCAAGGUGGUCUUAGUCCUUGGAGGAAGAUUUGCUGGACGAAAAGCCGUCAUUGUCAAGAAUUACGAUGAUGGUACAUCAGACAAACCAUACGGACAUGCUCUUGUGGCUGGUAUUGAGCGGUACCCACGACGAGUGACCCGGGGGAUGGGCAAGAAGAAAAUCAAGCAGAGGUCCAAGGUCAAGCCCUUUGUUCGAGUGUACAACUACAACCACUUGAUGCCCACAAGAUAUUCAGUUGACAUUGCAUUAGACAAACAGGCAGUCAACAAAGAUGCCUUCAAGGACCCCGCCAGAAAGCGCAAGGCAAAGCGAGAAGUCAAGGCCAAGCUCGAGGAGAGGUACAAGAGCGGCAAAAACAGAUGGUUUUUCCAGAAACUCCGAUUUUAAUCUGUCUAAAUUAAAUAAACUAUGCCUAAGA